AUGGCGAACCAUCCACCGCGUACCAUGGCUAUGGACCCGCCACAUAUAACCGAAUUCGCCUCAGAACGUUAUUUUGAAAAGCUGAACCAGCUCAACGCGCAUCAGCAACAUCAACAUCAGACUCCGUCGACUCAAACAAGUCUUGACGCUACCACGCCAUCGCCGUCAAGGUUCAUUCUUCCAUUACGAGAAUCUAAAACCGUCGAUACUGAACCCAUCAAGCCGGGUGAAAAGCGUGACAAGUCUCGUUUCUUCGGUCUACGUUCUAGGGUUUCAAUACUUCAUUCCAAGUCCAACUCCCCUACCAGUGCACCUCGUGUUUCUGCUGAAUUAACACGGAAAAGUGCCAGUUUCGAUCAACUUUUUCUUGGACUACCCAACGAGCUACAGAUUCAAGUCAUCUCUGCUUUACCCCUAACCGAUAUACUCAACCUCCGACUUGCUUCCAAGUCAUGGCAUACCCUCGUCACGUUAAACGAAAAUACCAUUGCUCGAUACCAUCUUGAACACCACAUCCCCGCUUAUGCCACACGCCUAUAUCCUAUUACCGAUUCCAACCAGAUUAACUUCCAGCAUUUAUGUGGUCUGUGGCAUCGAUUGCAUGUCGCUGCGAAGCUUGCCUUCCUGAUGUGCGAAUGGAUUACGAAAGAUAUUUUUCUUCGCCAGACCGAAGCCCAACGAAUUGCUUUUGCACCCCAGAACGAACGCAUGCGACGACGACUGAUUCCUCUUUUAUUCACAAUCUUCCACUUUUUUGAGACGUAUCGGAACCUCUAUCUAAAACGCAUGGCCCAGAAUGACGGUAAAGGUUUAAGACGAGAACCUUACACCAUUAAUCCCAUCGAAGCCGAAAUCAUGAGCAUGUAUGACGACCAAACCUUAUUACGGGUCCACGAAGUAUUUCCGCUUGUGAUAUCAUCGUUCUGUCGAAGACUACGUCCACCAACAUACGUGGGCAGAGUUGAGAGAUCGCUUCGUGGAUAUAUCCGGGAGAAACCGUCGGACGACGUGCAUGUCGCCAUCUUAUGCAUUGGUGGACUCCGACAAGUGGAGAGGCUUUGGGAAAUUAAAGGAUACAACAGUCGCCGUGGCGCCGUUGACACAUGGUUCAAUGCUCUUACCAAGGACGCGCCUUCUACCGAGUUGGCCACGUCGACAUCAAAGCCUAAACGAAGCCUAUUUGGACGCAAGAAGUCUACUAGCGAAACCCGGUCAACUGGUGCCGCAUUAAAUAAGGUUCGGAGCUCAGGCUCUAUAGAUGGGAACAUGGACUGGGAUGCUGGCCUUGUCUUUAACACGAGCUUAUCUGCUGGCGCGCCCAUGUCCGCUCUGAGUUCGCAACAGGCCCAGGCUCUCCUCAACGACCUUCCUGUACUGCAACAAAUAUGGCUCACAUCAGCUGAGGCUCUCGUCCUUCAGCGGCGAAUCGUCGAGCGCCCGCAGGACAUCAAGCGCAAUCAACAGGUCAUGCUGGAUUUGAUCCGAGAGGAUGGGCUUGACGAAGAGGACGAAUGGUGGUACGGCCGCAGCAUCCCCGAUUCCGUGCGGCCUCCCGUCAGUGUCACUGAUGACGAUGCGGAUUGA